GGAGAGAAGGCGAGGGGCACUGGGGCUAGGGAACAAGGGCCACGAAGGGACUAAGCAAGAGCGGGGGACGAAGCCUUAUUUGUGGGGUAAAGCUCCGGGUAGCUUUAGGCGCUGGAGCUUUAGCACUACACUGGCCACCCCCGGCACCGUCCCAGGAUUCACGUCCACCAGGCAGAGCCAGCCCCUCUCACACAAAAGCUCUUUAACUAGCCUCUCAUGAAACAAUGGGGAGCGGGCGACGAGGAGAAGGGAGAUCAGUGAAGUAUUUCUGGUUGUGCCGUUUGUUUCUCUCUUCGGGACCAUGAAACGCAGCGUGGGCGGUUUCGCUUUCUGGUCCCCAGGCUCCAUACAGCGGCCGGACUUCUCCUCUGGAGGACUCUCGGGCCCCGCAGCGCUAUGAUCCUGCAGGGGAAACGUUUAAAUCCGGAGCUGGGGAUUAAGGUACAGAGAGAUCAAGCGAUCUCCUGCAUCCCAGUUUAGUGACCUAGCAACAAGACCUGCUUUCCUCAUGGCACAAAAUGAAUUGUGGGAGCAAUUGUCUGUCCUUCUGCAUGAAGAGAACUGUGGGAAGGCAUUGGACGACUAUCAGCAUUCCGGCUGAGACACUGACACCAGAGCAGAUAACAGAGUACAAAGGCGUCUUCGAGAUGUUUGAUGAGGAGGGCAAUGGGCUAGUGAAAACAGAUGAACUGGAGAAGCUUAUGAGCUUGAUGGGAAUCAACCCAACCAAGAGAGAGCUGGUGACAAUGGCAAAGGAAGUGGACAAAGACAAUAAGGGCACCUUCAACUGUGACAGUUUUCUGGUUUUGAUGGGCAUUUAUCAUGAAAAGGCUAAAAACCAGGAUGAAGAGCUGAGGGCAGCAUUCAAGGUCUUUGAUAAGGAACACAAAGGCUACAUUGAUUGGAAUACACUCAAGUAUGUACUGAUGAAUGCUGGAGAACCACUAAAUGAACAGGAGGCUGAACUGAUGAUGAAAGAAGCUGAUAAGGAUGGAGAUGGAACCAUUGAUUAUGAAGAGUUUGUAGCCAUGAUGACUGGAGAAUCCUUUAAGCUUGUUCAGUAGAGUUCUGCAGAAGAAUUAUAUCCUUUGUUACAAAGAUCCUUCCUAGACACCCUCACCUGCAAGGGCUGCAAUUCCUCUCAAGAUGCUGUGAUCUGGAGAUGUCUCUGAACACCACUCACACACUAUCCAAGUCUGAGGAACUUCACCUGGCAUUCACAGCAGGAGGAAGCUACAGACCAGAGCAGAGCUGAGAGACUCCUCUCACAACAGGUGUGGAAGCUCUUGCAGGACAGAUUCAGUUAUUCAAGGAAGCUAUUUUGGGCCAUGGAAAUUGUACAGGAGCCAUAAUUUAUGUUUAUUAAUAAACUUUAUAAAGAAGGUUUUUCCAAUAUGGCUUUAAAGAGUCCUGUGACAGGAACACAGUGUACUUGGGAAAGGAAUGCAUGUGCUUUGCCAGGACUCUCACUUCUCCUGUAUAAAUCAUUCCUGGGACUGAGAAUUGCUCCCAGGUCCACACCUACUUUUAUCCAUCUCAAAAAGAGUUCACACCUUGGUUAGAAAUGCCUAAACUUCACUUCUGCAUGGUAGACUAAAUAAAGCUACCCGAGGGAGUGCCUGAGAACAUGAGUCACAUUGCACUGAAUUUCAAGCUCACAAUAAUUCAGUGUUUCAAGUGGGCUUGGAAAAACAUUGAGGAAACCUGUGAAAAGAUGCAGUCAGGGUUGGGUAACAGAUGGAAAAGCUUAUAAUGCUGCAAGCUGGUUCUGAACCAAGAGCAUAGCAUAUAAGGGGAAGGGCAUUGGACUUGGGGAAAGCAGAAGGAAUCCUGGUAACACUGCAUGUCUGUGCUCUCGAGUACAAGUGGGUUAAAGCAAGCUAUUAAGUCAGGAGAAAGCACUAGGGAAUUGGUCCAUCCUGGCUCAUGCGCUGUUCAUUGUGGGCCAGAUUUUCAAAAAUAUUUAGGCACCUAAAGGUGCAGAUGGCACUUUUGAAAAUCCAUUUGGUGCUUGUCUGCCACUUUAGAUCCAAAUACCUUGGAAAAAUCUGGCCAUUUGCCCUAUAUUUUAGAAUGAACUAGAAGUUAUUUCUUCUAACCUAUCUGUACCCUCUUGCUCUAUAAAACUUUUUAAAUUCAGAAGACCCAACACUCAACUCUUGCUGGUGGGGAGGAAGGGGGAAGCUCACAGGAUCUCUGGCCAAAAGCAUAUGCUACCCUGUGAACUGAACGUAGUGCUUAUUUCUGCAUAAGAGCUAGGACUCUUCCUCCUGCCUCAGGAGGUUAUUGAAAUGAAGAACUGUAGUCAAGUGAAGAUAUUCACCUGAAGACAAACACUCAAAAGGCAGCAGUUGUGGUUUUGGACUAUAUUUGAGGAACAUAUAUGUUGCAAUGGUUUAACUAAAGAUGUGAUUUUAAACUGAUUUAGUUAAUCUAGUGCAAACCCCUGUGCGGACACGCUUAGUUCAAUUUAAACCAGAUUUAUUGCAGUGCAGCUUAAAUAAAUUGGGAAUCAGCUUAAGCUAAAACAGCAAUAACCAAAAUAAGAGUGUCCAGUUUUUAAACUGAUUUAAAUUAAGAGAGUUGAGACUGUUUAUGUAGACCAGGCCUAAACAAAUGCUAUCUCACAGGCAGGAGUAGAACUGAGCUCAGUUUGCAAGUGGCACAAUCCAAUGGCUUUUCAGAAACCAUUCUUUCCAUGCUGAUUCAGAGACCUGAACAGCUAGGGUUUUUUUUGGCAUCUACAAAGCUCAGACAUCAUUGAAAAUAUGAUUGGCAGUCUUCUUUAGCCUAUUGUAUAUUUGCAUUGCACUAAUGCCGAGAGGCCUCAGUGGGGGAUUGGGGCCUUUUUGUCCUAGGGUAAUUAUGAAUGGGUCCAUAGUAUUUUCCAUAGCACACAGCCCUCCAGUACAGGAUAGUUCAAGCAGGCAGCAUACACAUAUCCAUAGAUUUCAAAGAGGCUUUGCUUUUAUCCACAAAACACUGUCCAGACCAGUCCUUGUCUUACUCCAGCAGCCACCAAUCACAUCCUCAAAUGACUCCUCAAGCUCACCACACUUGCUUUGGUCAGUGAGCAAAUGUGACUUGUUUCUACCAGCUCUGAGACGACAUGAAGAGCUCACACAGCACCCAUCUCAUGCUCAGUCAAGGAUCCCACUAGAUCUCUUGCACCUAUAUGCUCUUCUUAUGCAACAACAGGCCUUCACUCUGUUCCAGCAAUGCAAUCACAGGAACAUUCCUCUAGAGUCCAUGGUUAUCUCCCCUCCUUAGGAAAUUUUCCCUGUCCCAAUCACUACUAGUCUGAACAGACCCUGUGUCCAAACAUGAAGGACUCUCUCUCUCUCUUUGAUUCCUAAUAUCUCAUCUUUAUUUACUAGCUUGGUCUUUCCUUUUAACCCUCUAGGGCUCUCCUUUCAUUCACCUCUUAAGUAAAAUAAGCAAAUAUUUUUUCAAACCUAUCUUUAUGUUGAUUUUGAACAAGCACAGUUCACCAGUGGGUAAUGCUUUCCCUAAGCUGCCCUGGGAAAUCCCCCAGCUUCCUGAAAACCACCAGCUUCCCAACAGACCAAUUAUAAGAUAAUUGAGAGUAGGUUUAAUAUUUCUUCCCAUCAUGGCCACAAACCCUUCAGUGGUGGUAACUUCCCAGCACUUGUUAGCUAAUAAAGCCUCCUAUGCAAUGCAGGCUACUGGCUCUUUAGGGAAUAAUUUUACUUGCCUACUUCACAGGGGCGUUGGGAGGGUUCCUGACAUGGUUUCAUUAUUCAGAUGGUGCCAGUCUGUACCAUAAACAAGCACAAGUUGUCCUCGGGGGUGGUAGGGAGUGCUUGGCUAGUCCUUUGUACCUCGGCAAUGGGCAGCAGAUUGAAGAAGAGAAGCUCUCACCUCGCCAGCCAAGGAGGCUGGGGGAUCUGUGGUAGGGGACAGGACAGGAGGGGGAGCUGCACUCCCCACUUGAUCACCUGGGAAUAGGAGCUAGAAUGUGAAAUGAGUUGAGCAGUGAACUGUAAGCAUCAGUCCUACAAUGUGAGCAGGCCCCAGCAUCUGCACAGAGUCCCACAGACUUCAGCAGGUCUCUGGUCAGGUGCAGGGGUUCAUUUGCAUACGGUGCUUUGCAGAAUCAGGACCUUAGUCCAGUUGGUAGCUUCCAUAUCACCAAACCUCCAGCCUGUUUUGGCAAGUCUCAGCAGCAAUACCUGGGACGCAAAUGGCUGCAGAGACUUAAUACACUUGAAAGCACCACCCUCCAAAUCAGACUUGAGGAGCAGUGGGGCAGGUUGCCCUGCCUGACCUACCUCAGGCAGUUCUAUGGCCUAUGCCCUUAGAACCUGAGCACCCUCAGUCACUACUGUAUUUAUCCUUGCAACAUCUCCAUGAAACAGAUCCACAGGAGCCAAAGUGAGUAACAAGAAGUGGUGGAAGAUGGAGAUAUACCCCCUCUCUCCUUACAGUAAAAUCUGGUUUUAAUUAGGACAAUUUCACAAUGACCAGAAUUACAAUUAGCACAUUGCAAUUCAUUGCGUAAUGUCCUAGGCCCAUCUCAUCAUAUCCAUGUACCUCACCGGGACUCUGGGACGGGCAAAAGAGACACACCACAGAGAAUCCAUCAGGUUUUACACUAAUCCCAGUGCAAAACUUUGAGAAUUUUAGCCUGUGCUGUCUGAAUACAAAUAGAAUGCAAAUACAACCAAUAACUGUACUGAGAGUAAAAAAAUUUUAUUUGAAAAAUUGAAUGGAAAAUAGCCCUUUUUCUCAACAAACAAAUGUGCUGAAAAUUUCCAUCUCUUUUGAAAUUUUCCAAUUUGUUUGUGAAAAAACAAAACCUGAAAAUCCCCAGUUUUGGAGAGCAGGGGAGGGGUAUCGUCAAACCAGCUCUACUCACUACUUAACUUAGUUUCAAAUCUCAGUGCUUUGACAUAAGGAGCUUCCCCUUAACUGCAUCAUAUUACAUUGAAUCACUCUGUACAACAGGAAUACUCUGAAAGUCAACUACAGUAUCAUUGCAAAGUGCAGUGUUUGGGACCGUUACCUCAGCUCUGUUUAAGAGGGGAAUGUAUGUAAGCAAAACAGCAGGAGUCUUUGUAGAUAGAGGAGGCUGUGUUGUAGAUAGGUUGUGAAAGAGGCAGGAUUAACUUGUGCAGCAUUUCAGAACUCAUGUAGCUUUCUGCAAAAAUAGCACUAUGUGUCAGAAACCAUAUUGGCAAGUUAGAGAGAGCAUGAACCCUGAAUUCUGUAUCAAGUUCCAGUACAAAAUAUGCUAGCACUGGCAGGGGAGAUAUGAUACUCAUUGUACCGGCAACAAUGUUGGCAACCCCUAGAGAGCACCAGUUUCCUAAUCAGAGCACAGCUAUGAUAUUUAAGUUGCUAACUUAGCACCCCCAGCAGGAGCUUCCUGCACAUCAUUUGCAGAAAGGGCCUGCUGCCAAACUUGUGGGUGUAGACCUUGGAGAUUGCUUGUGCAAGAUCUCUCACCAAGGAGGAUGGAAAGCUUGGGGAAGGGAAGACUGGGCUGUGAGCCACACCUGCUGAACCAAGUUAUUUUAAUAAUACCUAGCUCUUAUCUAACAUUUUUCAUCAGUAGAGCUCAAAGCACUUUACAAAGAGGUCAGUAUCAUUCCCAUUUUGCAGAUGGGGAAACUGAGGCACAGGGAGAUGGCAGCCCAGAUCCUCAAAGGUAUUUUAGGCACCUCAUUCCCAUCAGAAUGAAAGGAGGAUCUAAGCUGAAGUGACUUGCCCAAUGUCACCCACCAGGCCAGUAAUACAAUCCAGGUUCCCUGACUUCCUAGUCCAAUGCUCUAUUUGCUAGACCACACUUCCCAGACAGGCCAGCCUGCUAAACUAAUCCACUGAGCAAAAGACAAGUUGCAGAGGCCAAUUCCCAGGCUGGCUGGGAAAUCACUAUUCAACACAAGUGAGAAGGGUUUAGCAUUGGGGGAACCUGUUGAGGACUCUCAAAAUCAAUUGGCUGGCAAGGAGGAUGUUUAAGAAUCUUGUUCCAUCAAUGUAGUCACACACAAUAGCCUUGGACUCCUAUUUCUUUUGAGGUCCACAGCCAAACUUGACUUCCAGCGUAUGACAGCAACAUCAGGCCCUUGCUCUGUUUUGUCUGCAGCUAAGUGGAGUCAGUGAUGUGGUGUGUCCCUAUACCAUUUAAUCUCCAGCAGGGAGGAAUGUAAGUUGAGCAAGAAGGCUACUUGGGCAGCAAAGCAUGUCAGCAUGUCAGUGGCAUGUGAUCUGAGAAAGGCAAUCCCAACCAUACGGCGGUACCAGGUGCAGUUCAGGGUGAAUAUCACUAUCAUUUCCCUUCAUUAAAUGUCUUUUGCAGGAGCCUUAACUCAGUCAUUAAGUUUCCAUUUGGGCUGGAAUCAAACAAGUAACUUCUUGUGUUUGUGAAGUUUGCUGUACAAAACAUCCCUAAUUGCUUCAGCCAGCAGAAGAGAGUGUUCCAUAUACUCAUGAACUCCUUUUACCAAACACCAGGAUUUCUGUGCCAGUUUGCAGAUAUGCUGAACCAGGGACAACUCCAACUGAAGCCAAUGGGAGCUGCAAAUCUGAAGUACAACUCAAGCCCCUCGUUCAUGCAGUACCAUCAAUAGACUGACAAAACAGGAGUGGUUUUUACGAAGCCAGGUGCAGAUGUUAGGAGCCAGAUUCCAGUUAUUUGGUUGGAUCUUGAUUUUCUCUCUUUCUGUUCUUUCAAUCUGGUCUCAGAAUGCUCCUCACCCCACUACCAGGGCAGGGGAAGGCUUAAUUGAGCCUUCUACAACUCAGGCC